UUACAUAACAUAAAUUAAAAUUAAAAUUUAACAUAAAUUUUAACAUUGCUGAUCUCAACAUUAUGAUUAUCAUUUCUUCAUAAUCGCUGAUAUGAUUGAAAUAAACACGAUGCAUCAUUAAUAAAAAAAGUUCAAAGUUCCUUCUAAUUGGGAUUAAGAUCUUAAAAAAUACAUACGUGUCAAUAAACAUACGUCAAUAAAUAAAUGAUUAAUUAAUCUCGACAUUCUAAAAAUUCUGGCAAAAUCUCACAAUGCUUAUCGGGUGACAAUGAAGAUAUCUUGUAGUAGAUCAGUAUCUUCUCUAAGAAAUCUGAUCGGAAUAAUAACUAAUUAAUGCAACACAUACAUUGUUAUCUUCAAAUUACCAAGAAUAUCUAUUAUCGAAUCAACGAGGCAAGAUAAAUCACAUCAAAUAAAUAAUAAUCAUUAAAGAGAGGAAGGUUAAAAUAAAUUAAGAUAUAUAUACAUCGCUAACGUUGCGAGACUCAUUACAGAACGUCACCGCAAAAUGGAUGAGGGGAUUUGAAGGUUUUUACGAAAUAGAGGCGUGUCAUUUAUCGCGUGUGACUUUUGCGAGGGUGGAGGAUCAUGCAUAGAAUUCUGCACUACAUACAAUUCUGUUCGAGCAACAGUCACACAGUGCUUGUCGUGUCACUAACUGGCUGACACUCAGAUUUACGACAAGAAGAAGAAACUAUUGCUCAUCGUGAAAUGAGUUGUUCGUAUUAGUAAAAGAGAAGCUCAUCCAUUCAAUAUUAAUUACUGAGGGAAAUUGAUGCAAAUUACAUUUUUGAUACAUACAUUCGCGAUUAUGCACCGCAGAAUUGACUCGUAAUAUCACUGUGUUGUGUAAGGAUAUAUUAAAAGUGAUUUUAAAUAAUAAGUGAUUAUUAAUUGAACGCACUCUCUAUACCUCUUGAAACAAUGGCGAAAAUAAGUAAAAGAGAGAAGGAGUGGUUCACCUGUCGAGACGUUCUGUGGUAUUUGGUCUUUUGUGGUUUUGCUAUUAAUUACAUGUUACGGAUAAACUUAAAUCUCACUAUAGUUGCGAUGGUAUUACCUCGUACAAAGGCGAUAGCAAUCGCGCAGUGCAACAACAUAGAGAAUCAUAACGCAUCCUCGCUUAAUGAGACGUUUCGAGACGAUGAGCUUUCGUCUUCUUUUCCGGUUACGUCCAAUGUCACGUACGAGGAUCGAUUCGUUUGGAAUGAAUACGAGCAAGGAUUAGUACUGGGUGCCUAUUACUGGUUGCACUGGCUAUCGCAAUUGCCUGGUGGUCUCCUGACCAGGCGAUACGGCACGAAACUGGUAUUCGGAUUAGGAAAUUUCUUGACGGCUCUCUUAGGAUUUUUCAUUCCCUAUGCGACGCAAUUGUACACCUUGGUGUUCCUUCGAGCGCUGCAAGGACUGAUCGCAGGCGUAGUGUGGCCGUCGAUGCACGACAUGACGGCGAAGUGGAUCCCGUCAAACGAAAGGAGCAAAUUUGUUAGCUCCUACCUUGGAAGUUCCGUGGGAGCCGCGAUUACUUAUCCAUUGUGCGCAGCUAUCAGCGACUCUUUCGGUUGGAGCGCAUCUUUUCAUGUGACAUCUUUGCUGGGAGUGAUUUGGUACUUCUUUUGGUACUUCCUUGUAUACGACACGCCGCAGCAGCAUCCGCGGAUCUCCGAGGACGAGAAGAAUUAUAUCCUGGGCAAUAUCAACGAGUCUGUCCACGAGGAGAAGACCAAGAUACCCUGGAGAUCGAUAAUGCUGUCGGGUCCAGUAUGGGUCACCACUGCCGCGCACUGGAGCAGCGCCUGGGGUUUCUUCACUCUCAUGACGCAGGCACCGACUUACUUCAACUUCGUUCAUGGAUGGAAUAUCAAUGCCACUGGGAUCUUGGCAGGAGCGCCGCAUUUGCUCCGAAUGAUCUUCUCGUAUUUCUUCUCGAUCAUGAGCGACUGGCUACUCCGUACGAACCGCAUGAGCUUAACGAACGUCAGGAAAUUGGCGACCUUCGUUUGCACGGGCAUUCAAGGUAUCUUCAUUAUAGCGCUCGGAUUCAGCGGAUGUCAUCCAUUGCUCGCGGUCCUCUUCAUGAUGACCGGCACGGCGAUUAACGGCGCCGUUUCCGCUUCCACUUUGGCGAACUUCGUUGAUCUCAGUCCGAAUUACGCCAGCAUCCUCCUCGGAUUCUGCGGCAUGAUUGUCAUAAUGGGCGGUUUCAUCUCACCGGCGAUUGUUGGUAUACUGACGAAUAAUAACCAAACUGUGGAACAAUGGCGUUUAGUUUUCCUCAUUGCCGCUGCCAAUUCGAUAGGAGGCUGUAUUAUAUAUCUAAUGUUUGGCACUUCGAAUGAGCAACCGUGGAAUCAGUACGCUAAAUUAAAUCCGAAGGAGCAGGAGAUGCAGAAACUGGCUUUGGAGGCUGUAAAGUGUGAAAAUGACACUGAAAAUGCGACUGACGCAGAGAAAAUAAAUUUUAUCAAAGAGAGAUGAUGAAAUAGCACUUAAGGGAGCUCACCGAGGAUUUGGUAAUUUCGAUAAACAUGUAAAUACUGCAACGACGUACGACAAACAAUAACGUCUAAUGAUCAUAAGUCGUUUCUGAGGGUAUACAUUGAUGAAGAGGGUGUUAACGAUUGAUCGUAUAUAUUUGACAAUAUUGAUAAUAAUACAUGCACAUAAUUUAUUUUUGGAACAUUCUGUCACAGAAACGAAGGAAUGAAGAAGUGAUAUUAUAGCGUAAAUAAAUGCUAAACUAUCCGUAAUACACUAAGAAACACGCUAUGACUUAGAGGCAUUUUGAUCGCCAAAUGCAAAUUUUACGAAUUAAAUUAAAAGUUACAUCUAACUUUUCUAUGGUAUAAAAUAACGCAUUACUCCGUCUCUGCACAUGUCUAUGCGCAUUGCGCAAAUUGCGGUGCAAUUUCAUCAACAGAAUCGACGGGCGACGAAUUGGUUAAUCUCUACUAUAUGGCCAACACCACCACAUCCUUUCGUGUCGCACGAAAGAAUAUCGAAAUUAUCACAGCUCCUUUUCUGCUGUGAAGCAGAUUAUAUACCAAGCCUAAUCCUACUUCCUUGGCAGACAUUGCAUAGCUACCAUGAAAUAUUAUCAUUCGUAGAUCUUGUUAUAAUACUUCAUGUAUUAUUGACCAUUAUCAUCAGCCCUAAAUAAAAGUGUACAGUGUU